UUCGCAGCGUCGUGAAUCUUUGCCGCCCACUGAAGAUGGCGGCGGAGCUGCAUCCGCGGAGCGGAAAGCUGGUCGGCCUGUCCAACUCGAACCGAACCGCCCGGCGCAACCAGCCAGUCCAGGAGUUCAACCACGGCCUGGUGCUCAGCAAAGAGCCGCUCAGGGACCGGGAUGUUUUCACCGUCCGGAUUGACAAGAAGGUGAACUCCUGGAGUGGUUCCAUUGAGAUCGGAGUGACAGCUCUGGACCCUGCAGCAUUGGACUUCCCCAGCAGUGCCACGGGCCUCAAAGGCGGUUCCUGGAUCGUGUCUGGUUGCUCGGUGCUCCGCGACGGCCGCUCAGUCCUCGAGGAGUACGGCCGCGACCUGGACCAGCUGGCUGAGGGCGACCGCGUGGGCAUACAACGCAACUCCCGUGGCGAGCUUCACCUCUGGGUGAACGGGCAGGACUGCGGUGCCGCGGCCAGCGGCUUGCCGUCCAAGCUGUGGGCCGUGGUGGACCUCUACGGCAAGUGCACUCAGGUGACGGUGGUGAGCUGCGAGCCGCCGCCUCCCUCUGCAGAGAGGGAGAGAGAGACGAUAGAGCGGGACGUGGAGGAGGAAGAGGAGGAGGAGGAGGGCGAAGAAGAGGAGGAGGAAGUGGUUGUACAUGGAGGGCGAGAGGAGGGAGGGAUGGCAGCACUGAUGAAUGUGGCAGCAAUGAAUGGGAUGGUGAAUGGAGAUGAAGUGCCUGAGCUCAGCUGCAGCAACGGCAGACCAGACAAGUUCCCCAACAACCUGGAGCCAGAUGCUGUUCUGACGGAGCACCAGCUCUUUGACGUGUUCAACAAUGCAAUAGUGUCUUUUUAUCGCUCUGAAGAUGAGGGCGGAGGAGGAGGUGUAGAGGGAGGAGGAAACGCUGGGACUGACUCCUCCUCCAGAAACGACAGAGGUAGCAGCAGCGGAGGAGGAGGAGGGACGAACUGCGACGCCGGAACAGGAGGAGGGAAUUCGGACCACAGCCCAGCCAGUAAUGCGGGAGGGGUGGGAUCUGGAGGCGUGACGGGCGGCAUGACCACCAACGACGCGCUGCUGUUCCACGAAAAGUGCGGCACUCUGAUUAAACUGAGUAAUAACAACAAGACGGCGGAGCGGCGGCGGCCUCUGGACGAGUUCAACAAUGGCGUGGUGAUGACCAACCGGCCGCUCCGGCACAACGAGAUGUUUGAGAUCCGCAUCGAUAAACUGGUGGACAAGUGGUCGGGCUCCAUAGAGAUCGGCGUGACGACGCACAACCCCAACAACCUGGACUAUCCCGCUACUAUGACCAAUCUGCGCUCAGGUACAAUCAUGAUGAGUGGCUGUGGGAUAUUAACCAACGGGAAGGGAACCCGCCGGGAAUACUGCGACUUCAGUCUGGACGAGCUGCAGGAGGGAGACCACAUCGGGUUGAUGCGUAAAGCGAGCGGUGCGCUCCAUUUUUACAUCAACGGAAUCGAUCAAGGGGUCGCAGCGGCCCAAACCCCUAACGUGGUCUAUGGUGUGGUGGACCUCUACGGCAUGGCUGUUAAAGUCACCAUAGUCCACAACCACAACCACAGCGACCGCCUCAGACGCAACAACGCCAUCAUGAGGGCUCUGUCGCCCGACGUGGGUCGACCCCGGCCCGCCCUGUCCUUCACUCCAGACGCGGAAGCUCCCGACCGCCUCCUCUUUCACCCCAACUGUGGCCAGAAGGCGGCCAUCAUCUGUGACGGCAGGACGGCGCUGCGACCGCAUGCAACAGAUGACUUCAACCACGGUGUGGUUCUGAGCAACCGGCCGCUGCGCUCCAACGAGGUGUUCCAGGUUCGCAUCGACAAGAUGGUGGACAAGUGGGCGGGCUCAAUUGAGAUUGGUGUCACCACACACAACCCCGCCUACCUGCAGCUGCCGUCCACCAUGACAAACCUGCGCUCAGGGACGUGGAUGAUGACAGGAAACGGAGUGAUGCACAACGGAACGACCAUCCUGGACGAGUAUGGACACAACCUGGAUCGGCUCAAAGCAGGCGACACCGUCGGCGUUGUUCGGAAAGAAGACGGCAGCCUUCACUUCUUUGUGAAUGGCGUGGCCCAGGGCCCGGCAGCAUGGAACGUCCCGCCCAGCGUCUAUGCCGUGGUGGACCUUUACGGCCAGGCGGCCCAGGCCACCAUCAUGGAUGACAUGGUGGACCUCCCCCCUCUGCCAGAGGACAGCUCAGAAGGCCCCACUGCCAUGUCCCCAGGGAGCCCCUGCUCAGUGGUGGGGGCCACCACAACCAGCGACCUGCGCUUCCACCAGCUGCACGGCACCAAUGCCGUCAUCACCAACGGGGGGCGCACUGCGCUGCGUCAGAACUGCCGCAGCGAGUUCAACGAUGCCAUCGUCAUCUCCAACAGGUUCCUUCGGGACGGCGAGCUCUUUGAAAUAGUUAUCCAGAAGAUGGUGGACCGCUGGUCUGGUUCAAUAGAAGCAGGAGUGACCGCAAUCAGGCCGGAGGAGCUGGAGUUUCCUAACACCAUGACCGACAUCGACUACGACACGUGGAUGUUAAGUGGCACCGCCAUCAUGCAGGACGGCAACACGAUGCGCAACAACUAUGGCUGCGACCUGGACUCCCUUACAACGGGAUCUCGGAUCGGAAUGAUGCGCUCGGCGAGUGGUGACCUCCACUAUUACAUCAAUGGCGUGGAUCAGGGCAUCGCCUGCUCUGGUCUGCCGUCAGAGGUGUACGCUGUGAUCGAUCUGUACGGCCAGUGUGUCCAAGUGUCCAUCACCAGCUCCUCGGGACCGCUGGACAACAGCCUCUGCACCAGCAACGUCACCGAGAAGAGCUUCCCCAUCCACUCCCCAGCUGCAGGCGUGGCCCAUCACUUCCACAGUAGGCAUGGUAAGAACGUGGUGCUGCUCGGCGAGGGCUGCCAGGCCAUCAGAGUGGGCGGUUAUGCUCACGGCAUCGCCUUCAGUGCAAAGGAGCUCAGAGGAGACGAGCUGUUUGAGGUGAGGGUCGAUGAAGUGGAUGAGCAGUGGUGCGGUUCGCUGCACAUCGGGCUGACUACGCUAGCACCUCCGGAGCUUCCGUCCUGUCCUGUCUCCGGUCUUUCCCCUUCCCUCCCACAGCUUCGGACCAAGGUCACCUGGCUGCUCAGUGGCUCCGAGGUCCGCCGCAACGGUGCUCUGCAGCGCCAGAAUUACGGCUAUUCGCUGGAGCGACUGACGGUGGGAAACCGUGUGGGUGUGAAAAGGUGCAAUGAUGACACCAUGCACAUCUUCGUGGAUGGAGAGGACAUGGGACCUGCUGCUACUGCUGUGCCUAAGAAUGUUUACGCAGUUUUGGACCUGUACGGACGGAUAACAGCGGUCUCCAUCGUCAGCUCCUCUCUGAUGGAGGACUCUGAGAGCGUCAAGGCGCCGUCUCUCACCUCGGACAGCUGCAGCGAAGGGGAGGAGGACAGCAGCCCGGUCAGAGAGGCCGAGAGCGAGUCGUGUUCUUCAGUGCCGACAAUUAUGACAUUCCUUGAAAACCACGGCAAAAACAUCCAACUGUCCAACCAGAGUCUGACAGCAGCCAGAGUAUCGAGCUACAACCAGGGCCUGCUGGUCACCGCCCAGCCGCUGGCUCGUCAGCAGCUCUUCCAGUUUCAGAUAGACCGUCUGAACCCGUCAUGGACGUCGUCCCUGUCGUUGGGGGUGAUCGGCCACUCCCCAGACCGACUCAACUUUCCCUCCACGGCGUGUUGCCUUAAGCGCUCUGCCUGGCUGCUGCAGCGAGACUCUGUCUUCCACAACUCCCUAAAGAUAUGUGAGAACUUCGGUCCUAACCUGGACACUUGUCCCGAGGGAACAGUGUUGGGUCUGCUGGUGGACACCAACAGUUGUCUCCACCUCUACGUGAACAGCAUGGACCAGGGCGUGGCCGCGCAGGACAUCCCCUCACCCUGCUACCCCUUCAUAGACCUCUACGGCCAGUGUGAACAGGUAACCAUAGUAACCAGCACAGUGGCAGCUGUGGGGGCAGAGGGCGGUGAGACUCGUUGUCAGGCGGACAUGGAGAAGGCGGACAUGGUUGACGGGAUCAAAGAGAGCGUGUGUUGGACGCCUCCUCCAGAAGCUAACCCCAACAAGACCUGCGAGUACCAGGCUCUGUGCUCCCGCUUCAAGGACCUGCUUACCUUACCAGAUGGGUACUUCAAUGAGGACGCUAAAUGCAACCUGUGCUACUGCGAGUCCUGCCACAAGCUCCGGGGAGACGAGGCGUAUUACAAGAGGGGAGAGCCGCCGCGGGACUACGCUCUGCCGUUUGGAUGGUGCCGCUUCGCUCUCAGGAUAAAGUCCCACUGUGAGGUCUCUAACGCCAUGAAGAAGUGGCAUAUAGCAUACCACGGCACCAGCGUAGGAGCCCUGCGACGCACCCUGGACCACGGCCAGCUGCUUCCUGGGUGUUCGUCCAUCUUCUCGGUGUCUCCGGUGAAGGCGGAGGGGCCAAACAGCUACAGUGAGCCGGAGGAGAACAGCGCCCCCGGUAGGGAGGUUCCCAGAGUGCGGCUCUCCCCCACUAUGCGUUAUUCCGGCUUAGAGAUCUUUGCUCCUAAAGUGCAAUUUCGGGACCCCCGUUCCCACCGCUGUCACCAAGCUCAGGUGGGAUUCCAGGUGUGCGUGCGUCCAGGCUCCUAUAAGGUAGGACCUCAGACUCUAGGACACAGCGAGCCCCUGGAUCCUCGCUUCAGCAACACGGAGAUCGAGUGGAUCACUAAAGAGCAGGGCGGCACGCUCCUCUACGGACUGCUCAUCAGAAUAGAGUGAACACGACAACAAAGGAGGUACUGCUUGAACUUCUAAUGAACCUGACAAAUCCAGCUCUGACUGGAUCAAGAGGCUCCUGUGGAAUCCAGCUGGUCCUACCGGGGAUUGUUGACGACUCAACACUUUGGUUCUGGUUCUUCGCUCUAAGACUUUCUCCCGGCGGCCGAAACCUGUGCUGUCUUGACGAACAGACACUGCCUGCACUUUAUGUUUAGAACACUUGUGGGCGAUUUUUAAACUCCUCGUCAACACAACAGGUUUGUUAGUUCUCCCCAUCAGUGUAUUUUUUUACUUUUGAUUUUCGCACUUACGUUUACUAGGACAAGCCUCCACACUGGUGAGUGUUAUUUUGGGAAAAGCUGCCUCACGUCUGUCUGCACGUCAAACAGCACAAAAAUAUUCAUUUAUAAUAUAUAAAUAAAACACAGGGACAUCGUUUUAACUAUAAUGUAAAAAUUACACUUGAAUUAGAUAUUAAACCCGUAAAUAUGAAGUGAUUGGGACCUUUUUAGGGGCAACAUUUGAAAACUGGAAGGAGUAGAGAAACAUGUUUACAACCCCACCAUUGUUGCUGCCCUCUUCAUGCCCAUGUGUCUUUUAUUAGUGCUGUUGGCUUUCUCUCUGACCCUGAAUUUUCACAUUAAUUUAAAAAUAUUAAAAUAAUUAUUCACACAAACUUUAAUACUUGAUCUUUUAAAAUUUCCACUUCAACUUUUGGGAAUGGAAAAUAGUGCCAGGCGCUACAUUUGCUCAGCGUUUAAAACUAAAUAUUUCAUAAUGUAGAAUUUAAAAAAUCUCCACUUCCUAUUUUAUGUUGAUUUAUUUAAAAUGAUUGGAUUUCUUGCAAAGGAUGAUAUUUUACUAUUAAAAAAGAAAAAAAAUGUCAUCCUGUUUAUCCCAGAAAGAUGUUUUACAAAUUCAAAGACACGGAAAAGCUCAUUUUAGAUGAAAUUUAAUUUUUGUUUCACGUGUUGAAUUGUUCCCUAAAAAACGGACCUAAACUGGCAGUUUGUUUCUUUUACAUUUGCCUCAAGCUGAGGCAGUUGGUGAAAUAGUUCUUAGCAAGUUUUGCAUAAGGCAGCUAGAUUUAUGCUAAAAAAAGAGCUAGCUUAGCAUGAAACUGGUUAGCUUUAUGCUGAAAAGGCUAUCAUCGUUGAAAACUGGCUGGACCUAUGUUAAAAAGGCUAAAAUAAAGUUAGCAUAAAGCUGGCUAGAUUCUAUAGCAAGACCAAGCCUAGCACAAAGCCUGCCAGGUUUAUUCUACAAGGCUAUCUUAGCAUAAAGCAGGGGUGGACCGUUAAAGCGCCCGAGCGCCAAUGGCGCUAAAUUUUCUCGUCGGGCGGUGGUAAAUACAUGACGACUUACCGCCCGGGUGGCGCCCAAGCUUUAUUUGUCAUUUACACACCGGCUUUCGCCUACAUCAUGGCCCCGCCCUGUAGGAAGCUGCCGUUUUCGUUUCGCGCACGUGAACCUGCGCGCCUCUAGCCACCUACUGCACUUGUACGAUUCGUGCACGUACUGCACGAUUAGUUAUAGUCACGUGAACUAUAAGUUCACUAUUAAAGACGAAGUGGAACCACGCUAGAAACACACAAGCACGCAGGGAGAUGCCGCCGCCACAGGGAUUGGAUUUCUUGAUGAAAUCUCUGGCAAAACGCUUUAAAACUGGUGAGGAGAAGCGAGACAGUUCGAAACGGUAUGAAGCAGAGAAGCGUGUGCGUAGGUGAAAUGAUUCGUGGCGGUUUAAAGAAGACGGGAGGUGCAGAGAAUGGCUGUGUUCGAGUUGAGCAGCGCAUCGCCUGGAAAACAGACGGAAGCAGCAGGGGGAGUGGCUGAAAGCCGGCGUUUCGCCGGGGACACACCGGCCGCGGAAGCGCCCGAAGCGCAUCGCUCACGAAGUCCGGCCGCUGCUCGCUGCUCCUCAGUUCAGAUCAGACGCGCCCCAUUCGAGGCGCGCCUCGGCUCCGCUGUGGUUUUUCUUUUAACUACCCGGUGUCCUCAAUUUCCUCAGCUCUUUUCCUCUACGUGUGUGUGUGUGUGUGUGUGUGUGUGUGUGUGUGUGGGAGGGAGAGGAGAGAGAGAGAGACUAUGGUGUGAACCAGUUGUUUCUGCCAGUUGAAUCUCUUGGACUUGUAGCUCGGGGGUGACGAUGGAUGAAGAUAUCGCGUUAGCAUCAUAGACUGUACAUAUACGAACUAGUUUUUCCCUGCAUGAUGGAUGAAGAUAUCGCGUUAGCAUUCACACUUGUUCAAUUUUCAAUUUUAAUUCUGGUGCCUGUUAGCAGCUGAAACACAUCCUCACGUGCUUGUGGAUAUCAUAUAUUCUAUAUGAAAACAUGACUGUAAUAAUAAGUAAAGGUUAGCAGCUGUAGCUUCAGUGUGCUCAUAGGAAACGUGACAAAAGAAAACAAAACGCAUUUCUCUUUAUGGCCUAUAUUGUUGUCAUCCUCAACGUAACAUGAUUUACAGAAUUCAUGUGACCAACUAACGUUUCAUGUUCUACCACCGGAUGUUUGGAUCAAAAUAUGAACCAAUCAGAUCUUAGAUCAGGUGAGAGCCAGGCGUUUCCCGUCAUCCCCUAGGUUUUGCAGCUGGUGGAGAGCAGCUGCAGCGCCUUGCUCCAAAAUCUGCGGCCGCCUUGAUCUCACGAGGUUAUCGUUGCCUACGUAUGCAUGACGUCAGAGCAAGUCAGCGUCAAGUCGGACACAAAACCGGCAUGCACGACUGCUCGCCGAUCACCGCUGGUCUAAUCUGCACAGAACUGGCUCAUCUCGAACACAGCCAAUGGCUCGAAUACAGCAAAGCGGAGUUGGUGAUGUACUGCGUUGUAUGCCGGAAGUAUGCGACGACAAAAUCGUGUUUUGUUGAGGGAACAAACAAAUUCAAACUUGAAUACGUUAUUAUGUUUGUGAAUGUGUACAAAAUAAAGGUUUAUUACAUUUAAAACGGUUCAGUUGUUAUUUUGACUCGUUUUGGCGGCUGACCAGCGGGGCCGGUAGAUUCUUGGCGGGGCCGGUAAAUAUUCAGAGUUACCGGCCCGGCUGGCCGGUUGGUUUUGAAGUUAAUGUCCACCCCUGAUAAAGACUGUUAGAUUUAUGCUAAAAUGGUUAGCUUAGCAUAAAGCCUGUUAGAUUUAUGCUAAAAAGCUAUCUUAGCUAAAAGACAGAUUUAUGCUAAAAUGGUUAGCUUAGCAUAAAGCCUGUUAGAUUUAUGCUAAAAUGGUUAGCUUAGCAUAAAGCCUGUUAGAUUUAUGCUAAAAAGCUAUCUUAGCUAAAAGACAGAUUUAUGCUAAAAUGGUUAGCUUAGCAUAAAGCCUGUUAGAUUUAUGCUAAAAUGGUUAGCUUAGCAUAAAGCCUGUUAGAGUUAUGCUAAAAUGGUUAGCUUAGUUUUUUAGUAUAAAUCUAACAGGCUUUAUUCUAUCUUAGCAUAAAGCCUGUUAGAUUUAUGCUAAAAUGGUUAGCUUAGCAUAAAGCCUGUUAGAUUUAUGCUACACUGAUUAGCUUAGCAUAAAGCUUGUUAGAUUUACGCUAAAAUGGCUAGCCUAGCUGAAAGCUAACUACAGUAUUGCUAAACUGGCUAGCUUAACAUAAAACCCCCAGAGAUAUGCUAAAAAAAAAGCUGGCUUAGCACAAAGCCUGCUAGAUUUAUAUUUAAAAGGCUAGCUUAGUUUAAAGCUUUGAAAAGUUUACAAAAUGCCACCUUGGUGAUCCACCAGUAUUAAAGUACCUACUUUAAAUUCUCAUGUUGGCCAUUUAAACUCCACAGAGAGAAGAGCAUGAUAACUAGUUAUGUGUCCGGUGUUGUGUCGAAAACAUCUCACCUGUUCUGAAGGGAUAGUUCAAAGUGGCUAGGAAACGUGAAAAACGUGCAGCUAAACAAGCUUCUCCAUGUAAGCAUGUUCUGUUGCUCCUUGCAUGAAGGGGACUUGAGAGUAGAUGAGAGGAUUCUGUGGUCGUAACCUUUUCCUGGUCAAAGGGAGCAUUACAUAGCUGCUUUCCUUUGCCGUAAAAGCAACCAGACAUGUUUAAAUCAGAUAACCAUGCUCUUAAAAUAUGCAGUUACUUGUAAUUUUUAUUCAAUUUAUGAAUGAAAACUUGGAAGUGCACCUUCUUACAGGUGGGAUGCUUUUUUAGACACAACACCUGUAACUUCACAACAAGGUGGGUUUCUUACGGUUGCCUGGUAAUUUUUGUUGGGACAAGUAAUGAGCGAUUAGUUCAAUGUAGACCAAAACCUAAAACGAUAUGUUUACAUUGGUGGUUAUUAGUAUUUAUUUUUAGUUGAAGCCAGACUGUAGCUUUAAUUUGGCGCACAUUGUGCUGGUUCUCAAGUGUAAAAGUAAUUCCCAAAAUGAUGUCCAACUUUUAAAAGUGGCUAAAACCAAAUGUUGCAGUUUUCCACAUCUUCAAUCCUCAUUAUUGGUUAUGCUUCGUCCAGACCCUAGAAGGUUUAAAAAUAUAGUAAAUGUAACUGAUAUUCCAGACACACCUCCACUCUGAUGACGUUUACCUGACCUAUCCUGGUGUUUACACGUGAAUGUCGUUCAUCAGGGCUCGACCACAGGUUGUGAACAGCUGUGUUUUGGCCAAUUUUCCUAACCCUCCACAUUUUUAGCUCAGUUAGUUACACUUGGAGAAGCUGAAUCUAACCUGUGAUCUAACUGGUGGCAGAUUGUGUGCUAAAGGCAGAAACUUCCAAUCAAAAAAAUGUGAAAACUAUUUAAUGGGUUAUUUACAUCCCAGUGCUGCUUUGUACACGUUGAUUUGUAUGUUUUUUCUUUUGUUUUAGGUAUAUUGUGUUGUACAGGCUGUUACAUAACAAAUCAUAUCUUUCUGAUUUCCAUCCAUUGUCUGAACCCGCUUUGUCCACGUGGGGUCGCGGGAGGGGGGGGUGCCUAUCUCCAGCGGUCAACGGGCAAUCAGGCAGGGUGCAGCCUGGACAGAGAGCCAGUCCAUCACAGGGCAACACAGAGACACACAGAAACAAUCAUGCGCACGCACGCACACAUACACACACACACACACCUAAGGACAAUUUAGACAGACCAAUUAACCUAACAGUCAUGUUGUUGGACUGUGGGAGGAAGCCGGAGUACCCGGAGAGAACCCACGCAUGCACAGGGAGAACAUGCAAACUCCAUGCAGAAAGAUCCCAGGCCGGGAAUCGAACCCAGGACCUUCUUGCUGCAAGGCAACAGCUCUAACCACUGCGCAGCCAUCUUUCUGAUUUAUAAAAUAAAUAAAAAGACGGAUCAUUUGCA